AGUUAAAAUAUGGCGCCUUUCUAAGCGCUUAAGGCAUAAAUGAAACAUUUUGAAUUAGCCAGUAAAUGAAACUUGUUUUAAUAUAUAUUUUACAUCUACAUAUUAACUAAGUUUGUACAACGGAAUAAAGAAACAGUCGGAUUUUAGUUUAUCAUUUAAUCACUUUAUUAAUAUGAGUAGUUCUACUUUUGUUCUUGAUAAUGGUGCCUAUACCGCAAAAGUUGGGUUAGCUUCCGACAAUGCCAAAUUAGUUCCAAAUUGUAUAAUGAAAGCGAAAAGCGAACGACGAAGACCUUUUGUAGGAAAUCAAAUCGAAGAAUGUCGAGAUGCAUCUGGUCUGUUUUACAUCUUACCGUUUCAAAAAGGAUAUCUCGUAAAUUGGGACGUUCAGAAGACUGUCUGGGAUUAUAUAUUCUCUAAAGAAUGCUGUCUGGUAAACUUGAAUCAGCUUUCUGUAAUUGUAACUGAACCUUUAUUUAAUUUUCCAACCAUUCAAGAAGCAAUGACAGAAAUAUUUUUUGAAGAAUACGAAUGUCAAAGUCUCUUAAGAAUCAAUAGCUCUACUCUCUCUUGUUAUCAAUAUAAAAUGGAAAAUCCUAAUACAAAAUGUUGUAUUGUAGUUGAUAGUGGUUAUAGCUUUACACACAUAGUACCAUAUAUAAAUGAUACCAAAGUUAAAGAAGGUAUUAGACGCAUUGACGUGGGUGGAAAACUUCUUACAAAUCACCUCAAAGAAAUUAUAUCUUAUCGUCAGCUUCAUGUUAUGGAUGAAACUUAUGUAAUAAAUCAGGUGAAGGAGGAUUCUUGUUUUGUUUCUUCAGAAUUUUUCAAGGAUAUGGAAACUGCCAAAAAUAAGUUAGAAAACAAUCCUAUAGUCAAAGAUUAUGUUUUACCAGAUUAUACAACAUUAAGACGUGGUUUCCUCAAAAAUCCGGAACCUCCUAAUGAACAACAAACUCUACGUUUAAGCAAUGAAAGAUUUGCUAUACCCGAAAUUUUAUUUUUUCCCUCGGAUGUUGGUAUUCGUCAAAUGGGUAUUCCAGAAGCAAUUAUGGAUUGCUUGAAAGCAUGCGACGAAGAGACGUGGCCGCAUCUUUUGUCUAAUAUUAUUCUUACUGGAGGUAACGCAAAAUUUCCUGGAUUCCAAGAAAGAAUUUACAAGGAAGUUAGAAGCUUAGCACCUGCAGAAUAUACGAUAAAUGUGCAUUUACCUGAAAAUCCAAUCACAUAUGCAUGGCACGGUGGUAAAACACUUUCAAAAGAUCCAAUAUUUUCAAGUCUUUUGGUAACUAGAGAGGAUUACGAGGAAGAGGGCCAAAAUCUUUGUUUCGAACGUUUUGAUGUCUAACUUUAAUAAAUUUGUUGUAUUGAAUAACCCGUACAUAUGUGUACAAUAUUGUAUAUUGUAUAUAAUAUCGCGACAUAUAUUAAUCUCUUUUUUUUUACGUGUGAUACGAAUAGUAUAAAAAAUAUAAGUGGAAUGUAUAAAUAAUAUUACUAUUCGUAUGAAAUAUUAUUACUAUUCUUGGAAACUCUUUGAAUAAAACUCAAAUGGAUUUCA